GCACAUUGAAAGGUUCUUCCUCAUUUUGGUGCAACCUGCAAUUAGCACAGAGCAAUCGCUUUUUAAAACUGAACUUUAUUAUGUAGUAACUGCCCUAUUUAAUUAUGUGAAUUAAGUGAACAAAUGUGUGGCUCUGGGUUUUUUUGAAAAUACUGCACAACACAUAAGAGAAGAAUGAUGGAAUUGCAGUUUAAAGAUGUCUUUUGGGCCCGUGACUUCACCAGUCAAGAAGGAUAUGAUGCUCUGCUUCAGAAAAUGCGUGAUGGUCGGAGGAUGUGCAAGGAUGUGGAAGAGCUGCUAAGGAUGAGAGCUCAAGUUGAAGAGAAAUAUGGCAAAGAGCUUGUGAGUAUUGCCCGGAAAGCAGGGGGCAAUACAGAGAUAAACACAUUGAGAGCAUCUUUUGAAGCACUUAAAACCCAAAUGGAAAACAUAGGAAAUUUACACAUCCAGGUGGCAGGACAGUUGAAGGAAGAAGUAAGGAGAUUGGAACAAUAUCGAGAAAGGCAGAAAGAACAACGAAAGAAGUUUGAAGGAGUCAUGGAAAAAAUGCAUAAGCUUAAGGUGAAUGUUUACAAGAAAACGACUGAGGCAAAGAAAAAUUAUGACCAGAAGUGUAAAGAUGCAGAUGAAGCUGAGUAUGUUCAUGAAAAAAUAAGUAACUUAAUGACUGCUACACCUAAGCAAAUUGAAAAGGCUCUGUGUAAAUCAAAGAACUGUAGAGAUGUUGCAAAUGAUGCAGAUAAAAAUUAUAAAUCCAGUAUUGACCAGCUUGACAAGACUCGACAGGACUGGGAGCAGACCUACAUUAAAACAUGCGAGAUAUUCCAGCAGCACGAAAUGGACCGAAUUAAUAUUCUUAGGAACUCACUGUGGGUUCAUUGUAACCAGUUUUCCCUGCAGUGCGUCAGGAAUGAUGAGAUGUAUGAAGAGGUGCGGAAGGGUUUGGAAAACUGUGAUAUCAUUUCUGAUAUUCAGGAUUUUAUCAAAAAUGAAAUGACAGAGACAAGUCCACCAGCUCCCAUAGUGUAUGAGAAUUAUUACGACAGACAAGCCUCAGUGGACAGCAAUGGAAUGCUUCGAACUCCAGGUGUAAUGAAAAGGUUUACCAAUCUUUUGCAAGACUGCAGUGGCUCAAGACAAAACCUCAAUGACGAACUCGGCUCCUCUGUGUCAACAACAUCUGGUGAAAAAUCAGAUGGUGUAUAUGCUUCUAUAGCUAUUUCAGGAGAACCAGCAAAACCAAGUGCACCAGCCUCGUCUGCCUGCUAUAAAGCGCUCUAUGAAUAUACUGCACAGAACCAUGAUGAAUUGUCCAUAGCAGUUGGCGAUCUUGUUGAAGUCACAGAAGAAGGAGAGGAUGGCUGGUGGUCCGUACGGAAAAAUAGUCAAGCUGGACUAGUCCCUGGCUCUUACCUGGAGAAAAUAUAAAUUCACUGCUCAGCCAAGAAAAUAAUCAAAUGGAAUACUUGAGCUCUUAGUACUUCUGCAACCCACUGUUAGACCUUGAAGUAUUCUUUUGGAAGUCAACUAGAUUCAGAACACAAUUAAAGACUAUGGAAGAUACUAGGAGGCCUUCUCAUGCAAAUUAUCACCGUAAACAAAGCCAUGACAUUAAAUGUACAACAUGUAUAACUGAAAAUUGUCUUAAAUUAUAUUCUUGCAUUUACAUUGUCCUUGUGAAAAAAAAAGAAAAAGAAAAAAAUGAGCUGUUCCAAAAGCAAAUGAGCUGCAGAUGCAGUGAUGCAAAUAAACUUUUUAAUUCUGAACUG